AUGUUCACUCCUACUUUUCGAACGAUCAGUGAACUUGAAUUGAUACCGGAAGAUUUGUUUUAUGUUACUGUUAAUGGGAAGAUUGUGGAUUGGAAGAAUUUGGAUAAGAAUGCUCAUUUCCAAGUACACUUCAGACUUCGAGGAGGCAAAGGAGGUUUUGGUUCACUGCUUCGCUCAUUUCGUAUUCAUCGCUCAACUAAUCAGUUAAUGUGCCGCGAUUUAUCGGGACGACGGCUUGCUGACAUUAAGGAAGAAGAAAAACUCCGCAAAUGGAUUGAAAAAGCAGGCGAAAGGGAAGAAGAAAAACGUCGGCAAAGGCAAGAGAAAUACGAGAAAUUAAAAGCAGGUCCUCUAAAACAUGACUUUAAUGAUCCUGAUUUUAUACAGACACGACAAAAAAUUAUGGAAGAAACAGAUGAAGCGUUUGAACAGGGCAUUGCUGUUGCUAAAAAAAGAGUUAAUGAUGACAGUUUGCUGAAGUCAAAACAAGAAUCACAGAUGGUUGGAGAUGAUUUGCGGGAAGAAACUGUACUGCCUAAACGAAGAAGAAUGACGACGAAUGAAACACUUGAAUGCAUAGUGCCUAGUUUAGAUGACGAAAGCAAAAGCACAGUCGCUAUUAGUGAUGAAAGCAAAAAGCGUAUUGAAAGUGAAAAAGAAAAAAUCUCUUCGGAAACAGCAGCUGUGUUUAUUGCGGAAAAGUCAAAUACCGUUGUGAAGAAAGCGUCAAGCAAAAUAGUGGAUUUUGAUAUCAAUCUGGAUGACUACGAGAGUGCGGAAAAACUGGAAUCUCUGGGAUUAGAUCAUUUAAAACAUGCUCUUGAAGUACGUGGUCUCAAAUGUGGUGGUUCAUUAACUGAGCGAGCGGUUCGACUUUAUUCUGUCAAAAAUUUAAAACCGGAGCAGUAUCCGAAGAAUAUUCGUGCACGUGACAAAAAGAAAAUGAAGCAACUAACUACUAAUGAGGUUUUGCCUGGUCAGAAUUUGGAAACGAACGUCUCUUCCAUUGGUAACUGCGGAAUGAAUAUUCCAGUGAAUGAAAAUGAUGAAGCAGAAGUAUCAGCAGUCUUAGCUCAGGUCGAGCAAAAGGCUACUGAAGCUGUGAAUGUUUUAAUAAAAAUCAGUGAAAAGAACAGAAAGAAAAUGUUAUUUCCUGAAGUUGAUCAAUUACUUCACGUUCAGUUUGUUUAUAAGAAACCAGGCACUACACGAACUAGAAACCGUGUCAAACGUUUCAUUCUACCGCAUUCGUUAUAUGAAAAAGGUAGUGCAACUGUUUGCUUGAUUAUGCGAGAUUUGGACCGAUCCGCAAAAGGAAAAUUUGAUCCAGAUGUUGACAAGCAAGCAAGGUUAUGGAGCGAAAAAUUGGAACUUGAAUUCGGAAUUACCAAAGAACACGUGCAAAAGAUUUUAACAAAGCGACAGUUGGAGAGGGAGUAUCAUUCUUACUAUGACAGGCGUCAACUGGCGUCUGCAUAUGAUAUAUUCCUAGUAGAUGCCGUAAUCGAGGAAAGUGUUAUACAUUUUUGUGGCAAAGAGUUUCACAAGGCAAAAAAGACUCCUUUGAGGUUGCGAUUACAUCAACACGGAUCAUUGGUAGAGGAGAUCGAAAAAGCUUAUUACACCGUCACAUUCCCGCUUUUUCCAUUCCGUACACGGACGAGUCUUCGCAUUGGGAAUCUCAGUAAUCCCAUCAAUUAUAUUGUAGAAAAUAUAUGUGCAGCAGUUGAAAAUGUAUUUCAAUACUGUCCAGGUGGUUUAUGCAAUAUUCAUUCAAUAAGUCUACAGAUGGUGACAGGCGGACCAUCAUUACCUCUUUACAUCGAUGCCGGGCCUAGAAAUAUGGUCAGCUUACCAAUGCCCAUGAAAAUGAAGGAUCUUAAAGCGAAAAGAGACAAAGAAGCAAUUGCUGAUGAAUUGUCUACAUUGCCAGAAGGCUUAGAGGUUUUAGUGUACAGAGACGGUGAAGUGAAAGUGCUGGAUUCGGAAACUAAAAAGCCUGUGCUCUAUCCGACGGUUAACGAUGAGUGGGAAGAAGGAGAUGACUUGAAGCCACUAAUAAACCCAGUUAAACGAAGAAAAGCGCUGGAAAAACGUUGCAAACUGAGGGAAAGAAGGAAGGAAGCACAGAAGGCUAAAAAACGACUUCUGUUACCUAUAAAAGAUGGUAUUUCGAAAAUCAAAGGCUUAGUGAAGAAAAAGAAUAACAAACGAAAUAAAAUCAAUGGAUCUGGAGGUAUAAAACGAAAUCGAAAGAGUCAUACGGCGAUCAACAGAAAAUCCAAAUUACAUAAAGUGAAAAAGGAAACAAAACAAAAGGAAAUUUAA